GUGUUCUAUUGUUUCAAGGGUGCAAACUACAUGUUCUGAUGUCCGUGAGGAUAUUCACGGAUUUCACUGCCCUCUGUCUCCAUGUCUUCCAGCCUCUUCUCAUUCUCUCAGCCUCUGUCUAUCUCCCCUGUUAGGGGCUCUCGUCUGAUGUCUGGUGACCGUUGGCUGUCAGUCCACACUGGAGAGAUCCAAAAUGCUGACCAGGCCGUGGCAGAGUCAUCUGGCUGGCAGAAGCCCCGCCUCGUCUGCCAGCAUCACGCAGAUUCCUGAGAGGAAUGUCUUCCGGGGUCCUGCCUGGAGGUGUAAGUGGCUGCCGUCCACUGUCUAGGGACCUGGUGGGGCCGGGGUCUCUCUGUUCAGUACGGGGGCCUUCGGGCAAUUCCCUGAUGUCUGUCCCUCUGCUCUCAGAGGUCUGGGUGUGUCCAAGUCCGGCCCCCCUGGCUUUCCCUGGCUCACUGUCUUCAGAGUUCUACUGGGGUCAGGGCUGGCUUUGCCACCUUCUGAAAAUCCCUACCUUCAGCCCCACCGGCAUCUUGCUUUCAGAGCACCUGGCUGUUUCCUCCCUCUGUUCCUGCCCUGUCUCCAUUGCAGACAAAGGCAUCCCAGAGAGACCCCCAGGCCAUGCACCAUCCCGGGGCAGCCGGGCCACCCUGGGCUUGGACGGCCCUGGCAUCUGUCCUUGUGCCUGUGUGUCUGUGCCUGUGAGCUCUGCGUGCAGGGGCCCCACGGCCUGCAGGCUUUCGGUCAGCACGAGGCCCACGCCACAUGGCCGGGCCAAUACCUGAGUGUGGAAAGAGGCCUCAUGCCUCAGCCUCUGUGUGUUUCUACUUUGGUCCCGAGAGUGAAGCUCAGGACUCCCAUCCUGUCACUGCACAGGAUGAACAUCCUAGAUUUUUACAACCUUGCCAGCAGGAUUGAGAGUCAUUACUGAAACAGUUGUUGCAGAUACAUGUGAUUCUGACCUACAGGCAGGCUGCGUCAGCGGCUCCCAGCUGUGGGUCCCCGUGACACUUGAAGGCCACCGUAGAAGACACGUGACGUCACGCAGCUCCGCCAGCCCGGAGCCACUGCGUUUAAAGGGGAGCUGGAGGCUCCUGCAUCUGGUCUACUGCCCUCCCUCUCCUCACAGCCUCUUAGGAGGAGCAGAGGACAGAUUCCUCCGGGAGGCCCUGCAAGCUGGGCUGUGUUCAGCAUGGGCAGCCUCGUCCAGUCUCCGAACCUGGCCUUCUGCAGAUGCCCGCCCUGCAGUGGGAUUGAAGGAUAUUUGCCUGGAAGAGUGGCUCAGCCUCUCCAGGGGCUCCUUGUGUUAUGGUCUGGGGGACGGUUAGGGAGGGAUGCAGGGAGGGGCCUAAGGAUGGGGCACCGGGUGUGAAUCCCUGUGGGGAACCCCAGUGCCCGGGACAGGGUCCAUGAGUGCCUGAGUCAGUGUCUGUUGUGGUCUGGGUCAGCGUCCGUCAGGGUCUAGGUCAGGGUCCAUCAGGAUCUAGGUUGGGGUUCAUUGGGGUCUAGGUCUGGGUCCAUUGGGGUCUGGCUCAGCAUCCAUCGAGGUCUGGGUCGGGGUCCAUCGGUGUCAUCUGGGUCAGGGUCCGAUGGGGCUGUGAGCUCAGGUUGCAGCCUCCCUUACCCACUGGCUCCCAACAGAGCCGGGGGCCAGCCGUCCAUGGAGACUGGGUCAUGGGUGGGGAGUGGGUGACCCAGCAGCUUGGUUUUUGUUUGGUAACGUUCUUGGCCACCUGAGUCCUUUGUCCUAUUUUCUUAUUUCUCCUCCUCCCCACCCUGUUUUAAAGUAAAUCUACUCGUGUGCAGUGUGGUUGGGCUUUUCCUGCUUAUCUGCACCCUAAGUGCCUCUGGUGAGCCCUCCAUGCAUCCUCCACUUAACCUCAAGGUGAACAAGCUUGGUAAACAAGCUGGGUAAUUUUGUGAACGCAUUUGGGCCAGGAACAGCUGACAACGAACCACCACAGAGCUGAGCUUGGGGCAUGGCAGGCGGUGUGUGGGGGGCCCCUCCAGCCCUGGGCCAUGGGGGCCUCGGAGUCUGGCCAGCUAGUAGAUGCCAUGAGGGGCGGCUGCUCUGCCCACCCUGCCACUCCCCAAGGAGGUCCCUGGACCAAGAACUCUGCAGGAUGGACUUGGGAGGGCAGCCCCCAGCCUCGGCCCCCACCCUCACCCUGCGCUGCUCGUCCACCGCCUCCCCUGCCUCUGCGCCUGGGCUGCCCAGACCCUCUGUGCCUUUUCCUCCCCAGCCGGCUCACUGCCUAUGUAAGGCCAGCAGAAAUGUGCAGUUUUGUUCCGAAAAGACUGUGGGGGCAGCAGAGCUCCUCAGAGUGUGGGCUCUGGGACAGGGGCUGGAAUUCAAAUCCCGGACCCGCCCUUGGUGUGUGACCUUGGACCCAUGGAUUGGGAGGGGUCAGGAGUCUCUGCAGUGCCGGCCCCUGUGCUGGUCCCCCAUGGAUGAGCUCGCUCUGGGGCUUUGGGCGUCCGUCGGGGGUGGCGUGAAGCUGUGCACCAGGAGGUUUCGGGUCAGAUCUUAGCGAGGUCAGACCCAGUGUGGCCAAAGCCCUCACCUUUGCACAUCCCCCAUCUCUGAUGCUGCCAUCUCCCAGGUGAGCUGGGCCCCUCACUGCCCACGGCUCCUGUGACUUGUGACCACCGGCUUCCUCUCAGAGCUGCCACUCAGCAGCUGUGGGGCUUGAGGUGCCCAUCUGCCUCUUCCGGUCCCAGGUUCCCUCUCUGAAAGAUGCAGCCAGCGUUGCCUUAUCUGAUAGAAUUUGAGGCAGGAUCUGCAGCGGAGACCUUGAGUCCUUGUCACAUAGACCCGUGAGGACCACGGCCCCGGGGCAGAGCCCUCUCCCUGGACACCAAGGACCUCUGACUGCUCCCCACGUGGUUGGCUGAGCCUGGCUGAUGCUCCACAGAGGGGUGGUCCAGGCUGGACAGCUCAAGGUGGCAGAGGGCAGUGGGAGGAGCCCCCUCGACCUCUGGACGCUGGUGGAGCAUAGGCAGGGCAGGGCCCAGUUGCGGGCGGCCCUUGUAGCUGAAAUCGGGCAGACCCUGCCGGGGUGCAGCCCGAUGGAUUCGCUGAUGGAUUGGAUGUGGGUGUGAAACAGAGAUAAGCCGAAGGCUCUGAGUUUUGUGCCUGGGGCACCCCGGAGCUUUUCUGGGCCCAUGUCCGUGGCCGCAGCCCAGCUCCGCCCUGCGGUGCCCACCAGGAGGCUUUGCCGGGGCGGCCAGGACCCCCGAGGGCACGAACACCGCGGACUCGCGGCUCUGGCCCUGCCCGGUCCCGGCCAGCCCUGCCCUGGCGCGGCCCCCUCUCCCGGGGCACGGCCGCCCACCCCCAGGCAGAGCCCCCACCUGGGCCUCUCGUGUGGUGGCCUCAACCUGCCUCUCCAAGGGAGGGGUGCCUGUUCAGGCAGCACAAAGGCCCACCUCUCCUGGGGUGCCCCCCAUUGCUGUGAGGCUGAGGCCCUCCAGGGCCAGGGUCACAAUGGCCCAGGCAGCCCAGGUGCACAGCAGGCCCCGCCUCUCACUGUACCCCACAGCCCCUCCCUUGGCCCCUCUACCUGCCCACAAGGCCUGGGCCCUGCCUGAGAUCACCUGCCUGGUCCUUGGCUCCCUCCUGGGCAUCAUCUCCCUGUUCCUGGGGACGCAGUGGUGCCGCCGCAGAGCAGCCUGCAGGGGUUGGGAGAUGUCAGGCCAUCUGUCCUCAGAGGGUGUCUAUGAGGACAUCGGAGCUUUCCCCAUGGGGGAGAAAGAUGAGGGACCUGCAGCAUCUGUGGACCUGGGCCUGGAGGAGGACUAUGACGAUGCUGGAGAGCCUGAGGACGGCACUGGGGAGGAGGCAGAGGAGGCCAGCGUGCUGCUGAGCCCCGCAGGUGGGGCUCCUUUCAGCCUGGGUCCUGAAGCUGAAGCUGGGAUGGAAGACCAUGGUGGCCUGUGCCCCAGGACGUGAUGACCUGGAGCUGACAGUGGGGAUGUCAGUGUGUUGAGAGAGUGGGAUAAAUCAGGGAAGGCUGGGGUCUUCAUUGUCCUCACUCUCAAAACAGAUGUUAUUAAACUCCCUUUGAACUC